AAAUAAAUAUUGUAUUGCCUAGCAGUGCAAUAGAACAGUUGAUAUCGAGGCAGUGCUGUGAUCGCCAAAGCUGCUGCAGGGGCUGUCCCGCAAAACUGUCCUGGUAUUAGCUGUCCUCCUCCACUCCACAGCUUGUUUUACUUUUGUGUUCUUUGGGAUUUUUCCCCCAGUUUUCUGCUGAUUCGGUCUCCUGAACAGCCCUGUCACAUGGGGUGCUGUGUGUGGUUGUGCCCAGGAAAGGACCCUGCCUGGUAAACUCGAUGGGUGCGCUUUGAGACACAGUUAAAUGUGUUGAAAACCGGUUCACUACCUGCCUCAAACCAGUAAUGCUUUUUUAAAACGAUGACAUUGUUGAGCUGUUUAUGCUUUGGUGUUUACCAGUCACAAGAAAAUUACCUUCAGUUUGGGAAUACAGAGUACACGACUUAAUUUAUAUUCACACAAAUGCGUGCUUUAAACUAUAAUUAAGGCAGUUACUUUAUCCCACUCGCACCAGUAUGGAUUUCUUUUUCCACGUAUUGUGAGGCUGCUUUACAAACCGAUGUUAGGUACUGACUACCCAGCACCUCCACAGCUGGGUGAAAGACAGAUGUCUGCAUGUGCUCUCACCCAGGCUGGAGCAAUGUGACUCCUCUGCAGACUGACUUUACCUGUUUGCGGUCUUCCCCAUGCUCCUUUCCGGUACCUCCCAUUAGGAACUGUGCUGCCUGUUUUGUUAGGUGUGCUAUGUCCCUAUGUGCUGAGGAAGCACCUUUCACCUAGGCAGCCAUGUCAGGGCAGAUCUACUCCCUGUGCUGCACGGGUACAUGUGCUAGCACCACUGUCAUUCCAAGCUGGUAUUCCUGAUGUUGGUGCUGUUUAAGCAACACUUGGGUACUGAUCGUAAAGAUGCCUGUUUUAAUUGGACACUAGAGUUUCAAAUAGUUUACAUUAUAGUCCAUAGGAUGAUCUUGUUGCUUUGAUAAACUUUCUCCUGUAAUGAGGCAAACACCAUCUGAAUUCAGGUUUUUUUUUGUAUGUUUGUUGUUUCAGAGGUGUCCCUGAAACAUGGCAGUCAAAUGGAUUGGUGGACAUUCAUCUUCUAUAUUGUGCUUGAAUGUAAACUCAGAAGGCCUGGUGGCUUCAGGUGCAGAGAGAGGCGAGCUCACGUUCUGGGAUGGGGGAGGCACUCUGGCAGGACAGCUCCAGCUACCGGAGGCAGAUGACGUGACCUCCGUGGUUUUCUCUCCCUGCUGUCCCACCAGGCUGUACACUUCCCAUGGAGAAACUAUCAGUUUGCUGGAUGUCCGAUCCCUCAAGGAGCCCGUUGAACACUUCCAUGUGAAUGAGGAGGAGAUCAACUGCCUCUCAGUGAAUGAGACUGACAGUUUCUUGGCUGCAGCAGAUGACUCAGGGGCAAUAAAAGUUAUCGACUUGGGAAACAAAAAAGUCACCCGGUCCUUGAGACACUCAAACAUCUGUUCCUCUGUUGCCUUUCGACCUCAGAGGCCUCAAAGCCUUGUUUCCUGUGGACUGGACAUGCAGGUUAUGCUGUGGAACCUGCAGAAAGCUCGCCCCUUGUGGACCACAAACCUGCAGGAGUGUGAAGUGCAGGAGAACAGUCCACAGUCAGCUGGCCAGUUCUUCAACCCGCCGCUUGCACAUUCCCUGUCUGUUGCAUCCUGCGGCAACCUCUUUGGCUGUGGAGCUCAAGACGGUAAAGUCAGAAUAUUUAGAGUCACCGGUGUCAAGUUUGAACGUGAGCUGGAGUUUCAGGGUCACAGCUUGGGAGUAUCACAGGUCCUCUUUAUGCCAGGAGCAUAUUGGUUGCUGAGUGGAGGAAAUGACGGGAAAGUCUUGCUCUGGGAUGUGAACAGUGACAUUGGAAAGCAGCUGAAAAGUCCAGCAAAAUCACCACAGAGGAGGAAGGCUUCCACCAGAAAAGAUGGGAAGCUCAACAAAGUGGCUUCAAAUGAACAUACUAGAGUUUUACCAAAGGUAACCAUUGAGCACGGAGAGAAAGUGAACUGGAUCGCUUGUGCAGAGAUCAAAGGGUCCAAAAGGGUAUUAGUUGCUGAUCAGAGUAGUUCUGUAUCUGUGUAUCCACUGGCAGAACACUAGACUGAGAUGUUUAAAGAAAUUUCAGGGGCAAAACCACUUCUCAAGAGUGCUUGAAAGGAGUCCAGUUACACAUGCUGACAGUGCACUGAACGGUGAAACCUGCCACAUCCUUCAGAAGGGGGAGGGAUUUGCUGUGUACUCACGCAAGUACUUGGAACUGGCUUCAUACAAUGUUUUACAGCAACUGUUGGUAUUCACUGCAGCUGUUUUUUACAGGGUUGGCAGUUUUCUCCUUGAAUUUAGGUAAAACGGGUUUCAGUAUAUUUAGGGGUAAUAUUAGUUUAUGACUAAGCUGACAUAAUUAACAUUGGAGGAAUAAAUUCAAACUAAUGGGGAUGCCCACAAUGCUGAGCAGUAACAAAGAUGCCACUGACUGAGCCACUUGCACUUUGAACUAUUGCAAUGCUUUACAUUACUCUCCCCUGCUGAACUGUGUCAUAGCUUAAGUGGAAAUACAUUUUUCAUUGGUCAGCAGCUGCGUAUAAAACUAAAGAAGCAUCAUCAAUGAGUAAUCCAUUUAGUUUAACUGUCAUUGGCAAUUGUUUUUUUUUUCACACUGCAGUAAACGAAGGAGCAGGGGAAACGUUAACAUCUGUUUAAAGGGUCAGCUCUCAUGCAUUUAGUUGUCUAUCCCAGGGAAGAAUAACUAUUACACUGGUCUUAAUAAAUGCUUUCUCUCUCACUGCUCUCUUGUGCUUAUACUCACUGUAAUAUUGCCAGACUUACACACAAUUGUGUCAAGAUGUGUUGUAUACCCCAUCACAGGGGGAACAUAAAAGGCCAAAGGCAUGGCUCCCCUUUACCCAAAUACUUUCACUGUCUUACCAAAGCUUUAGAAACACAACGAGCAGAAAUUGGUUUGCUAGAAAUACCUCUCAAUUUGCAGGAAGCAGGUGGGGAGAAUGUACUAAGUAGGAACAUGGCAGCUUUUCAAGUGUUCAGUUCAUGCUGGAUUUCCCAUGGAAGGGGAAAAUAACUAAAAAAAGUGCUUUUUUUCUUCCUUGGGUUGUCUUUAACCUUUCUCAAAACAGAAUGCCUGGUACUAGCUAGAGACCUGCUUCACUGCUGUGGGCUUUGGGCUGUCUUGUUUCACCAGGUGUGCUGUUACCAAAUGCACAUUAUCUAUCUGCUUUUUUACUUUCUCUGGAUGGAAAAAUUUCCAGCUCUUUUUUUGCUCCUGAAAGUCUUUAGCCACUUGUGUUGGCUGUCCUUCCUGUAUGGAAGAGCUUCCAACCAUCUUGGUUUUGCUCAAAGCUGCUCCCUGCAACCCAACACAACUCACUCUCAUCCAAAUCUGAUUUUACCAUCAUAGCGUUCAAAAAACAACAAGAAAAAGGGGCAAUCUGUUUGUGCAGACUUUAACAGCAGGAGAAUUUGGCCCAAGACAUGAACUGUGGGUGAGUGCUACAGCAAAAUGAAGCCAAAACACAGCAAAAUGAAGCCAAAACACAGCAAAAAAGCCAAAUAGUGUAGUUAGCCCUCAUUUCAGAAUUCAUUUAUGUAUGAAGACAGACAGGACCAGUGGGUCAGAGGAAGUGGUCCGGAUGCUAGUUCAGUAUGUGAUAUGUUUAUGAGCAUGUGUCUGUGCAUCUAUGACCUAUAUUUGGAUAUACAGUCUAUAAAAAGCUUUGGUACAAACAAC